AUGUGUGCAUAAAACCAACCAUGGCUGCAGUCAGACUCUUCGUCUCCCUCCUUAUCUGCCUGUGCACCUACUACUUCUACAAUGAAGAAACUGUAUCUGCAGAUAUGGUGCGAGGGAAGCGUGUGCUAGUCACAGGCUCAAGCACAGGGAUCGGGGAACAAAUAGCCUACGAGUUUUCUCGACUGGGAGCCCAUGUGAUCCUCACCGCCAGGAGGGAAGAGCAGCUCAAGCAGGUGGCAAAGAAGUGUCAGGCCCUGGGAGCAAGUUCUGCCAGGCACAUCGUAGCAGACAUGAGCAAUCUGACUGCAGCCCAGAAGGUCAUUGAAGAUGUCGGAGACAGGCUGGGGGGUCUUGACUACUUGGUUUUGAACCAUGUGGGAGGAAGCGGUCCGUUUGGCCCUUUCAAAGGGGACAUGACAGCAGUGAUUAGCUCCAUCACCAUCAACUUCCUGAGUUACGUCCAGCUGACCACAUCAGCACUGACCAUGCUGCGGGAGUCCCAGGGCAGCAUCAUUGUUGUAUCCUCCCUGAGCGGUCGCAUAGGAUCCCCUUUCACCCUAGCAUACAGUGCAGCCAAGUUUGCUUUGGAGGGAUUCUACAGCUCUCUACGCAGGGAACUUCGCCUCCAGCAGACCAACCUCUCUGUCACAAUUGCUGUGCUGGGAUAUAUCAAUACAGAUAAUGCUGUGGAAAAGGUUGGAGAUAAAAUCAGAACGGCUGCAUAUCCAAAGGAAGAGUGUGCUCAAGAAAUAGUUAAAGCAGGUGUGCUGCGACAGCCAGAGGUCUUCUAUCCGUACUGGAAAUUAAAACCUCUGCUGCUGUUCAAAGAAUGGAUGCCAGGCCUGAUAGAAACACUGCUGGACAAAUUCUACAUCCUGGAUAAUAUCCUCUAGAUUUCUAAGCAGUUUAAUUCCACAAGAAUACAAUUAAAAUCUGGUUCCAAAGUAGCCAGGUCUGCUGAGGUGCUGCAA